GAAAAAGGAGAAGGCCCAAGUUAGGCAAGCUACUUGGAUGCAGACAACUGGGACAGAGGCGCUGCCAGGGCCACUGAUAGAUAUGUCGGUGCUGCAGUUUUGCUCGCCGUUCAAACGGGAACGCCGCAGAGAUUCUAUACUUUUUCAUCAAUUUCUUUACCUUUCCGUUAUACAAAUCCAAACUAUUCCUGGGUUUUUUUUUUUACGGGCGUUAGGAAAUAUGUCUCUAGUCGACGGAAACAGAGUGGUUGCUCUGUUUUUUUCUACGCUGAAGUUCGAUAAUAAAUAAGAUUCCACGAGGAGCCCAUUAUCCCAAGAAGUGGAACCGUUUGUUUAUUCUAAUCCCCAAGUGUGCAAGAACUUGGACGGAUUGUUAUCGUCCUUGCACAAGGCUCUUUGCGAUUCCUUCUCUCUUUUUGGGGAUUUUAAGACUGUAAUGUAUGCAGGGAAGUAGAGUGAAGACGUUGUCGGAGAUGGGGUUUCGAGAACAAACGGCGUUGUCGAGACCAGCUUUCAGAGCUCGGGAUUCCAGUCCUGAUUCUGUCAUUUAUGCGCUCGAAUCCAGUUUUAGUCUCUUCUCCUCUGCUUCUGCUAGUGUUGAGCGAUGUUCUUUUGCAUCAGAGGCCCACGAUCGCGAUUCCCUUAUCUCUGAAAUCUCUCUUCAUUUGGCAGGGCAUGAUGAAGAUCCAGAACAAAACAAGCCUGCACUAAGCAACAAGCACAGUCGUCUCUAUACAAAUGGAGAAAAAGCGAAAGUUCAUAAAGAUGAAAGCAAUGUCGAUUUAGACGACGAGAAUCGAACGGUCGAUUCAGCGAGGAAUUCGUUUUCUCUUGCUCUUAAAGAGUGUCAAGAUCAUAGAUCCAGAUCUAAAGCUCAAUCCAGUAAGCUGGAUGAAAAGAAACCUGCUUUGUUGGAUCUAAACAACGCUAAUACAGCUUCCUCGCCUCGUUUAACGGCUGUCAAGAAGAACGUUGUAGUAACGACGCAUAAGACUGCAACAUUUCCAAGCCCUGGGACGCCGAGUUAUCGGCACAAUAGCUUUAGUAUGCAAAAAGGGUGGAGUUCAGAGCGAGUGCCAUUUCCGAACAAUGGUGGCCGGAAACAUACUAAUAACCCUGCAUUGCUGACUCUCAACAGUGGCAGAACGUUGCCAUCGAAGUGGGAAGAUGCUGAAAGGUGGAUCUUUAGUCCUAUAUCCAGUGAUGGGGUUGUGAGGACUUCAGCUCAACGUCCUCAACAGCGUCCGAAGUCGAAGAGUGGUCCGCUUGGCCCUCCUGGUACUGCAUACUAUUCGAUGUAUUCACCUGCUGCUCCUGCCUAUGAAUGUGGGACUUUUAGGAACUUCAUUACAGAAUCCCCAUUUUCAGCUGGAGUUGUAUCAACGAAUGGUUUGGCUGUUCAUUCUGGUGGACAUGAAGGGUCCUUUCAUGGACAAACAGAGCCCUCCAUGGCACGCUCAGUUAGCGUUCAUGGCUGCUCUGAAAUGUCGGGUCAAUUGUCAUCAACAACAGGCUUGCAAGAUGGAUCGAGAGAAAACUUAGCUACAGUCAAGAACUCGGGGACAGACGUUUCUCGUGUUGUUUCAAGAAGGGACGUGGCUACACAAAUGAGCCCGGAGGAUAGCAUGCAUUCAUCUCCAAGGACGAAGUCGUCAAUCACUGCCUCCACUUCAUCUGCUAUGCAUAUGUUUGAGCUGGGAGCUGUUACUUCUUCUAAGUUGGAUAUCAGGGACGUGCAAGUCGAUAAUCAGGUCGCCACGACAAGAUGGUCGAAGAAACAUAAAGGGUCAUUUCCUCGGAAAGAUUCUCUCGACUACAAGAGGAAGAACGAUGUGGAUGUGGCUUCUCGUUGUCCGGAUUUAGACAUUCCUAUCAUGGGAAAAAGUAUUUCAAAUGUUAAGCGUGAGGAAGCGAAAAUAGCUGCGUGGGAGAAUCUACAGAAAGCGAAGGCCGAUGCAGCUAUACGAAAGCUAGAGAUGAAGCUGGAGAAGAAGCGAGCGAGCUCGAUGCAUAAGAUCAUGAAUAAACUGAAAUCUGCUCAGAAGAAAGCCCAAGAAAUGAGGAACUCAGUGAUGGGAAACCAGUCCCUCCAAGAUAACAGGACAUCUUCUUUCAAGUCUCUAUCUUUUAAUCGAAGCCGUCAUAUGAGCUCCCUAAGUGGUUGUUUCACCUGCCAUGCUUUUUAGUGCUGCAUUCUACCAGAUAGUAUCGACGCAGUUUUGUUGUGGCAUGGUUAGGUGUUCUUGUAAAGAAUUCAAGUGAAGUGUGUAACGAGUUUUCUUGUAACUAUGGUAACCUUUCUCUCUCGUUUGUUGUUUUGUGUUUAAUACCAAGUUUUAUUUCAAAUUUAUAAUUUAA